AUGCAAAAAGCGACCUACUACGACAGCUCUGCAAUCUAUGGUGCCUACCCCUACCAAGGAGCAAAUGGUUUCACUUAUAAUGUGAGUCAGCAGCAAUAUCCUCCAUCUUCAUCACUUGUGGAAACUGAGUACCACCGCCCCGCGUGCUCCCUCCAGUCCCCCGGCAGCUCUGUGUCCCACCACAAGGCCAAUGACAUCAGUGAGAGUUGCAUGAGGACCCUCCCCAGCCAGACUCUCCAGCCCCCCAGCCUCGCUGACCCACAGGCUCCACCGCAGCCACCUCCAGCCCAGCAGUCACAACCUCCACCUCCGUCCUCCACCUCACCAUCUCAAAAUGCCAGCAGCAACCCUGCCCCGGCCAACCCCACCAAGAGCCCAGCUCUUAACUCACCCACCGUGUCCAAACAGAUAUUCCCGUGGAUGAAAGAGUCUCGGCAAAACACAAAGCAGAAAAACAGCAGUUCCAGUUCAGAACCAUCCUUGCCUGAUGCUGAAACGUUGUCAUGCACCCGUGAAUCUAUACAGAGCUUUUCUGCAUAAAUAGAUAAAGCAUGCCCAGUCAAAGAAAAGGAUAGCAAAUAGAUUUAUGCCGUGCUGUUUAUUGUAUAUAUAGACAUGUAACCGUGGAAGGAAAGGCUAUGUAGGCUAAUAUUUUUCACUGAAACCUGAUUAUUACCCAAUACAGACCGACGACUGAUUAUUAUUUUUGUAGGCGAAGGAACCAUUUUUGCAACAUUGCAAGACAAUGCUCGUUUCAAAGGAGCGCCCGUAUAAAAUUCAAGCCGCCCCCCCACCUCUCGGAUCAGUUAGGUUAGAUACAACAAAAGGUAACGGUAUAGUCACGAUACUUACUGUGUGGUUCCUUUAGCACCACGAAUUACAUUUAGAAAAAUGUUCAAAUGGAAGGAAGUUGGCGUUUUACUCCCCUCCCACCCUGAAGAAAGAAAAAUACAGGGGAUUUUCCCCUCUUCUUUCCAUAAACCGUAUUCAAUCCUCUCUUCAGAGCCUGUAGGUUGCAAAUAAGAAUUUGUAAUUUUGCAUUUAAGAUUCGUCCGAUUAAAAGAUCCCCCUGGAGGCAGCAGUAAUUGAUUUUCCCAAGAAUUUCGCGUCCUCUCUGCAAAGGUUUUGUUCCAGGUGGUUUUUGUAUUAGACUGACCACAAGAAACAAAUGUGCAGAAUAGAGACACCCACACAGGUUUUACUCACAAAGCCUGGUUAAAAUCCAAACCUCUCUCUUUAUUAUUUGUCAUCCUGCUGUUAAUCCCAAUAUUUUCCAGAGGGGAAAAAAAGAAAUCAGAGAAAAGAAAAAGAAAAGCCCGACCCCAACGUAGGCACCAAGAAGCAAAAUAAAACCGGACUUUUCCCACAAGCAGCCCAGUCCUCUGCCAGAAUAUUUUAAAAGCAGCUUUUUUCCUUGUUUACUUGCGUUUCUUGCUCUGCCUCUUUUCACGGCCACAUUUGAUCUUGGAAAGAGCAAGAAGCUUUAAAUGUGUUCUUAAGGGCCAGUAGCUGUCAAACCUUUUGGCGGCCAAGAUUGAUCGCGGGCAGACACCACCAGAGCUUUGUUUGGACUAAAAGCAAGAAAAUUAAACCCCUUGCAUUUUCCAACAGCAUCGAUAUUUGUAAGGCAUCCCUUUCGAGGGAUUAAAUGACAAGUCUCGUUCUAUAUUUUAUUUAAACAAGCAACCACCAAAAAGCCCAUUUAAAGCCUCCCGGCCCCUCCCCUCCCCCUCUCUCCAAUGCCUUCGCAGAUAUGCUACAUCUUGUGGGUGCAUUAACUUAAAACCGAUUUUUAAAAUGCACUUCCUGCAGACUGGACGAAGACUGAUCCACUGAGCGCUUGGGGUCUUGUUCUCUAUUUUUUUUCCCCGUCUUUUUUUUUUUUUUUUAAUAUAAUUACGAAGACGGCUGCCGACCCCUCUUUGGCAACUCCGAAAAUAAAGCGAGACGGCACCUCAUCGCGCUGGCGAUGGCUCCUGGCUCCUGGAGGAUGCAGAGAGCGGCUGGGAAGCGCCUUCCCCCCGGCCCCCGGAGCACCCCACCCCGCCGUGCACCCCGGUCUCCGCGGGCAAGCAAGCCCCAACCGAGCUGUCUAGGGCGGCUGUGACCAUAGGAUUCAUCCGAUUGGUGAUUGUGGCCAUCAUUGUCAUCGCUCUCCCUGUCGCCUCGGUAUAGUUGGAAAAUUUUGCCAAAAGCAUCCAAAUUCGGGACUUGCCUCGACCUGGAGGGGGUGACUGGAGGCAGCGGCGGCAAGAGCCAAGCAUCGGAGGCGAGUGCCGUCUCUCAAGUCAUAACCUCGCAGCAUUUUCGCUCUGUCUGGCCCCUAGAAAACAAAACCGCUACCAGCCCAUACUAUUUCCUGGUAAUCGAAAAUACUCACCAGACCCAGCCUACUACGGUUACUAAGCAAAUUAUGCCAGCAGACGGGAGUAUCGUUUGCAAGCUAAUGCACGGGAUAUAUACUUUUUUUUAAGAGCCAACAGCCAGACGCGUUUGCAGCCUCGCGAUUUGGCUCGCCCAGAGAUGUUCUCCUAGGGUUGUGUUUUACGGUCCAAUCCCGGGAAGCCAACUGGAGAGGGAAGUCAUGAAGCUCCAGGGCUGCUGCCUAUGUGACUCUUCCCCUCGAAGCAAGGUUGCUGAGGAAGAUCCUGAUAAACAAUGGCUCAGCACCGGCGACCAAUUGUUCUCCGUACUGUACACCCGAU